CCGUAGUCACACCAGGGCAUUUUCAACCAACUUCUCUGUGGACGUAAUUGCGGUCAGGUGCAUGCAGGCGUGGUCAGGAAAGCUGCCAUAUACGUCCAACAACGUCCUGGUGUGAGUAUGGCAGAAGCUCAGAAGCAGAAGACAAAAAAAAAAGCAGUCGUGUAGAUCUAAGGGCAUACUCACACUAGGACUUCCCUGGAUCUAUCUGAUCAGAAAUAGAGCAGCGGCUGGAUGCACCUGACCGCAAUUCCGUCCAGAGCUGGAUGCACCUGACUGCAAUUCCGUCUAGAGCUGGAUGCACCUGACUGCAAUUCCGUCCAGAGCUCACUCAAAAAAGUCCUUGCAUAUGUUUUAUAUGCGAGAACUACUUUUCGUGGUAACUUUUGAAAUCGGGAGGGACUUAGCCACUAGGAGUUUUCCUGGAUGGAUGUAUCUGACCGAAAUUAGAGCAGCACGUGCAUGUAUCUGACUGCAAUUACGUCCAGAGUUCAGUGGAAGAAGUCCCAUUGUGUGAGGAGUAUACUCGGUGCAAGAACUACUGGACUUUUGUUGUUUGGUCAUUUUUUAAAUCUGGACGGAAUGAGAGCAAGCGACAAGUGUAGCCUACCGUCUUCACCCGAAUAGAACGCGCGGUCAUUAUCGCUGCAUCGGGACCGAAAGUUGUGCCAAAAAAUACAGAUAUAAUGACCGGGCGCGUUCUGUUCGGGUGAAGACGGGAGUACUACGCAGUCGAUAGGCGAAGGGCCGAAAGAGAAGCCAGGCAUGAGAGUAAGGCUGCGAGAGCAUUCUGCUGCCAAGCGUCUUCGUAGCGGCCGUCCUCUUGAGGAGCAAUUGGAGGGCAUUGUGGUCCUGGAUUUCGAGACGGCCUUCCGAGGGAGUCUCUUUGAGAAGUACCAUAUCCUUCCUCUUCAGGUAGCUUGCCUAGACACCAGUGUUCUCCGCUUUGACUUGCUUUAUCAGCUUGACCAGUUCAGAUACGAACAUGAACUUAGUCGUCAUCAUGACCAGAUUAUGGAUAUCGAUACAUUCGUCCGUGAGUUUGAAGAGUUCUGCAAGCUCCAGGGCGGUCGUUGCGAAAAGCACGAAGAAGACGCAGAACAGGAAGAAGAAGAAGAAGAAGAAGAAGAAUACUCUGCUGCAGCAGAGGCACUGAAGGCCUUCUUCCUCGCUCACCGAAAUGCUAUGAACUUGGACAUACAAAACAAUAACAUGGAGCACAGCCGUCACCCCCAUCGUAAUGCGGGCCGCCAUCGUCAAGAUGGGCAACAAGGUUGUAAUCGCAGGGAUAGUGAUGGCGGCUAUGGAUUUCCUGGACGUGGCGAUCUUCUUGUUGUUGGCUAUGGUGGCUUUGGUGGUGGCAACAGUGCCGGAGGCUACCAUGGUGAACGUGGCUAUGGUGGUCCCCACAGUGCUGGUGGCAAUGGAAGUGAUGUUGCUCAUGCCGAUGGCGGCUAUGGUGGCUAUGGUGGCUUUGGUGGCCAUAGCCAAGAUGCUGAGGGAGAUGGUCACCAUGAUAAGGGAGGUGAAGUUGUGGAGGAAGGUUGGGAGGAGUUUCCAGAUCCCAACCGAAGUUCUCUUUAUGGAAAAACUUCACUGCUGGACUAUCUCUUUCUCCAUGUGGAAGAAUUCUACGAGUUCUGGGACUCGCGUCGCACUGUCCACCUUACCCGAUUAGGAAAGAACGAACUGCUAGCGCAUGAGAGUGACGACGCCAUAGCUCAGCAGCUGAUUGGGUUCGCUAAGCUGCAAGGCGUUGACAAGUCCCGCCGGCGGAAAUGGCGGGUUGAGCUGAUGGACUACGAUCUGGUAGGAACGGAAGGCGAGUGCCUUCCGCUGCGAAUGUUCUUCUGGCAAGGACAGGGCCACACUGGUUGGUCUGCCGACGUCUGGACCCGGGAUCGCAACACGCGUGUAGUUCUCAUUGCGAAGGUCCGACCCAAUGACAGCGAAACUGUGGUAAAGGUUAUGGACACCAACUUGGAGGUAGCAGAAGGUCGGUACAGACCUCAUGGAGAUGUCCCAACUAUGCUUCAUCUUACCCGCCCAUUGCGCCUAAUCGACCGAGGGGUUGAACCGGAGUUGGCCCUCAAGGAUUAUGUGUGUGAGCAUAGGCUGCUUCGCGCUGCAGUCGAUGAUCGGGACCACAAUCAUGAUCCUGGUCCCAUUCUGGGACCAACAGCAGUUGACUGCAGGGACCAGUUGCCACGUCAAGGGUUAGAAGCCGAGUCAGCGCUCAACCCGAUCCAGCCUAAGGGGAAUAUCAGUGAGAACUCUCGGACCGAUUCACUGCCACAGUGCCAUCAUCGCAGUCCUUUUCCGGGACCACAAUCGGUUCCCUGGAGGGACCAGGUCAUAGAUCAACGGCUCCAACCUGUGUUAGCGCUCGACUAUCGACCUAAGGGGGGGGAUAUCGGUGAAAACUCUGGGACCCCUCGCCGUGGUCCCUUGCUGGGACCACCACCAGUUGCCUGCAGGGACCAGGUCAUAGAUCAACGGCUCCAACCUGCGUUAGCGCUAGAUUAUCAACCUGAAGGGGGGAAUAUCGGUGAAAACUCUGGGACCCCUCGCCGUGGUCCCUUGUUGGGACCACCACCAGUUGCCUGCAGGGACGAGGUUAUAGAUCAAGUGAUUGAACAUCAGUUAUUAGCAGCAUUCGACGAUCAACCCAACGGGAGGGAUAUCAGUGAAAACUCUGGGACGGGUUUGUGGGGACAGCCCGAUCAAUGCGAUCAUCACGGUACAUUCUUUCUGGGACCGCCGACUUUUGGAACUAAGGACUGGAAGUCUCUGGUACAGCUGUAUGAGGCUUCUGUUCGUCUGGAUGAUCUCCGAUACAGCGGUGAAUCUGAGAUCGAACGGCUGAUUCCUGUUGCGGCACGAAUGAGGGACUUGGUGCUCGUGUCGAUGGACCACCGGUACUUUAAUUAUAUUGCCACUGAGCUCAGACUUCAUCGUUCCACUCUGAAAGACUCUCUGCAGCUGACCUGCACGCAAUUCACGCGCAUCUUCGAGGGAUCGGGAUCGCCAUGGGAGCGACUCCCGGAAGAACUCGUCCUGCGUAUCGUCCAGUUUCUGCUGCCGCAGCGACUUCUCUUCCGACCUCUUCUUAAUGAUCAGAAUAGCGCUCUGUUCCGCUUUGGUAGACGGCAAUGUUUGCGUUGAGUGUGUAGUUGGGUUGGGGAGAAAAGGGUCUCUGCUCCCGUCGGUCUUGAGGUGUCAACGUCGAACUGACCUGCUGAAGGUUAACUCAAGAGUUAAAAUCUAAGUUGUCUAAGUCAAGCACGAUUCCAACUUAGGGGGGGGGGUUGGGGGUCUACCUUCUUCCACCGAAUACAACCUACGGCCAUUAUUGCUACAAGCAGACCCGCCGCAGCUACACUGCCGCAAUCAUUGCGCAAAAAAGCAUCAAGGGCGCCAUAGACAGGGAACAGAGAAAUGCAUGAGCGGCCACAGAAGACAACACAGGAUGUGAAGAGAGAAAAAGAAAGAGGACAGACAGGAACUAUGUCGCGGAAAAUGCAUGAUUGUCCAUGGCAAAUGUUUGAGUAAAGAGCGAAAAUUUCU